CAAGAACGUUAAAUCAUAUUGGGAUUUCAGUUACAUGUGAAAAAAGAGGACCUUUGGUGAUAAUUUCCAUCUGGGGUCUUCUCAUUCAAGAAUCAACAUCAAAAUUCAGUUGAAUGAUCAAAAGGGUUGCAUGUAAAUUGGUGAAAUUUGAAUCUUGUGUUGAAUGCAUGAGCAUGAGGUAGGUGUAUAUAAUAAAAUAUGGAUGCAAAAGAAGAAGUAGAACCAAAUGAGGAGAUACCUACAUCUCCAAUGCGGGUCGUCCUACAACAGAUAUCUGAAGGAGCAUUUAGAGUUGCUGGGGAAGCAUUGCAUAGUAUGUACUCUGGUGCUGGUGGGUCAAGCUUGCCACAAAUAGGGCCUAGUGUUGCACAUAGGAGAAGUAAAAGUGAAAUUGUUACUAAGGGAUUUCAACGUAGUCAUAGUUUUCAGAAGUUAAAAGUUCAUGUGCAGAAGGCAUGGGGUUGGGGUGGAAAAUCAAGGGAAGAAGGUUUACCCCCGAUUUUCAAUCCCGAGGUCAUGGCAAACCAGAAACGUCAGUGGUAUCAGCUUCAUCCCAAAUCUAUGGAUUGUUUUAAUUAUAAGGAGCCAACCUCGCUCUUUGAACAUUUUGUGAUUGUGGGGCUGCAUCCAGAUGCUAAUUUGGAAUCGGUGGAGCAAGCAUUUGCAAGAAGGAAGAAAUGGGAAAGAGAGAAGGAAAUGUCUGAAUUACUAAAUUACAAAAUGAUGCAGCAACAAAGGCCGCCAGAACCAAUUUUGGAACCUCAGAUAUUGUUCAAAUAUCCUCCUGCAAGGAGCUUCACAGUGCGUAUGCAGGAUUUAGCCUCCUUUUGCUUUCCUGAAGGUGUUAAGGCAUGGUUGUUGGAGAGGACUCCAUCUCUAAGUGAACUAAACGAAAUUGUCUACGGACAGGAGCAUUUAGGCAGAGAUGAUCUAUCAUUUGUCUUUACACUCAAGGCAGAAGACAAUACACCACUUUAUGGAGUUUGCUUACAUGUUCCUGAAAUUGUUCAGAGGCCCCCUGGUAUAUUAGGCAGAUCAUCUCCUAUUUCUAUUCCCUCUGUGCUAUCCAGCCGCUUUCUGGUUUCUGCACCUCGCUGUUACUGUCUUCUGACCAAAGUUCCUUUCUUUGAGUUACACUUUGAAAUGUUAAACAGCCUCAUUGCACAGGAGCGUCUGAACCGGAUUACUCAGUUUGUAAAUGAAAUUACUCUUUCUGGUUGCAUUCCAUCGACACCAAAACUAGAUGAUCAAUUGAGUUCAUAUACUAACUCACCAGACAGGGAUGACUGGAUGGCUUGUGCAAUACCUCUUGAUGGUGCAGCAGCCAUUACCGCUGCUGCUGCUGGCAUUAUAUCUGAUGAUGAAAUCCUACAGUUAUCACCCAAAAUAUGGGAUUCUCGCUGUCAAUCCCCUGUAAGCGUGACUGCCAGUGAUGCUUCAGAUUUUUGUCAGUUUAGGGAUAUAGAGAAGGAUGGCAAGAGUAAUUUACAAGAUCAUGAUACAUGCACUUUCGAUGGACCGGAAACUCAUAAUUCUGUGGAAAGAAUGCAUGGAAAUUGUGAAGCUGGCCAAGCUUCUCCCAGUGUUGGAACACCUGUACCUGCUCAGGGUCGUGCCUUGGAACGCAAUGGAAGUUCUGAGUCACUUUUCAGUCCAGUUCGAAGCACUGUGUCGGAAGAUGAGGAUCAUCCUUUUCCAAACAACGAAAGAGAUUACGGAGAUGAUUUGUUAAUGGAAUGGGCUAUGGAGCAUAAGAAUGAUUUACUACAGAUAGUAUGUAGAUAUCAUGCUCAAACUCUUCCACCCCGAGGAAGUGAAUUUGUCUUCCACCCUCUUGAACAUUUACAAGCUAUUCAAUAUAUACGACAUUCAGUUGAUUCACUUGGCUUCAAAGAAAACUUUUUAGAUUGUUCCGAACCAACUGAGGUCAACCCGAAGUUGGCAGCUGCUGAGGAAGCCCUUGCAUUAUCAGUAUGGACAACAUCAACUACUUGUCGAGUUCUAUCCCUUGAUAGUUUGCUGGCAUUGGUUACGGGAGUUUUAUUGGAAAAACAAGUUGUAAUAGUGUGCCCAAAUUUGGGUGUUCUAUCUGCAGUAGUGCUUUCUCUUAUACCGCUGAUUCGUCCAUUUCAGUGGCAGAGUUUACUGCUCCCGGUUUUGCCUGCAAAAAUGAUUGAUUUUCUUGACGCCCCAGUUCCAUAUAUUGUUGGCAUACAACAAAAACCAGAUGAUCUGUAUAUGAAAACUGCUAAUCUUGUUCAAGUUGAUGUAAUGAAAAAUCAGGUUAAAAUGUGUCAUUUGCCUAGACUUCCAAAGCAAAGAGAGCUUGUUUCUCAGUUGAGUCCAAUUCAUGCCAGACUUUCAAGUGAAAGUUCAAUUGCUAGGAAGCAUCCUGUACAUAGGUGCAACGAAGUCCAGGCUGAAGCUGCAACUCAGUUUUUGAAUAUCAUGUGGUACUAUUUGGACUCGCUUUGUUCGGAUUUGAAAUCUCAUACGAUAACUAGUGUACAAUCAAACAACGACAGGGUUUCUUUACUUCUUAAAGAUAGCUUCAUUGACUCCUUUCCUCUUAGGGACCAACCAUUCAUUAAGCUAUUUGUAGAUACACAGCUUUUUACUGUUUUAUCAGACUCUUGCUUAUCAAGCUUUGAGAGCGGAAAUUUGUAGUCCUCCUCCCUCUGUCUGGCGUUACUAUAGGAACAAAAGAGUGUUUAUCUGGUAGACAUGACUCACUGUCGACACUGAGGAAGAUAUGUUUCAUAAUUUCGUUGGCAAACCGAACCCCCUCUCCAAUGGAUUGGAAUGGCCAACAGCGUGAAAGUAUAAAGGCUCAGAAUUUUGUAUCAUGUUGAUAGGAAAGUUGACUGUAUAAUACUAAAUCACUGGUACUGACCCCAAGCAAAGAGUUAGGUUCCUGUAUUUUAUUGAGAUAAUAUGUUUUUGGGUUUAGCUGUUCAAUAUUUUGUUAUUGACUUGUGAGUAUAUACAGACAGACAAACAAUUCUCACUCUCCCUAUAGCAUACAUACAUAUCAUUCAUUUUUCUCAUCUCUCUUAUUUUUUAAUUUUGAUGACAAUACCAGAUGGUAUUUUUUAAAUU